AUGGCCAUCAUGAACGUCUACAACGCGGUGGACUCGGCGCUGCGGGACAGGACCCGACCGUGGUCGGCGCCGUUCGUGUGGCUCGAGAGCCGGACAGGCAUCGGCCACGCGAAACUGUUGGUGGGCUGCGCGCUGGCCGCGCUGGCGUUCGUCGUCGCGUCCGGCCGGAUGGUCAUGCUGUUCAGCAACCUGCUGGGGUUCGCGUAUCCCAUGUACGCCACCGUCGAGCUGAUGGUGCUGGACGACGCGCGCCGAGAGACACCGCCUCCGCCGUCUCAGCCGCCGCCGCCGCCGCCGCCGCCGCCCGCCGAACCGUCCGGACGGCGCGCGCCCGUCCCGCCGGCCACCCGGUGGCUCACGUACUGGAUAACGUUCUCGGCCGUGCUCAUCGUGCAGCAGCUGUGCGGCGACGUGCUCCGGAUCAUACCGUUCUACUUCCUCGCCAAGAUCGUGUUCUUCGCGUGGUGCGCGCUGCCGAUGGAGGCCAACGGCUCGGCGUUCGUGCACCGAUUCGUCGUGCACGAUCAUCUGAAGCGAUUUUUCCACUGA